UGCAGUUAUAUUUUUGUAGAAUGUUUCUUCUCUGUCUCUCUUAUUCAUAACCGUAAUAUAAAGCGAAAAGAAAGACAACGAAUCGAUUGAAAUUGAUGUUAACCUGAGUAAACGUCAAAAUACUGAAGAUCACCGGCAAUAUUAGUUAAAGAUUAUUUUUUAAUGAGAUUGUUAAAAUUGUUAGAUUUAAUAAGAUCGUUUUUAUAUUAUUUUUUUAAUAACAGCGUUGUUAACUGUACUAUAAAUGAUAUGUGAGUUCUGUUCAAGUCGGCGUUGUUACGUUUUACACUUAUAAAUUCUCAGUAAUCAAGUGCCAGUAUAUACUUUGAUAAAUACUGGAUUACUGAAAUUUAAAUUCAUUCUCUUAAGAGAGAAUAAUACUUAACAAAAAUUACUUCGAUCAAGAAAAUUAUUAGAAGGUUUUUGAUUAAAAAUCAUUUUAAAGUAGUAGUCUAUCGAUUUUUUUCACUUAUUUCGAUUACAUGAUUGUAGUUUCUUUCCAAUUUUGACAAUAAGAUGCUAAAUCAACAACAUAUGUUAUUGAGCACCAUAGAUUCUUACAUAGAGCCACUUCUGAAGCGUGUUUUACAAAACAAGAGAUUUGGUGUUUCUUGUGGUCUAGUAAAAUUGGAUUCAGUAUCGUCGAGUUGCGACAGGAGCAAAAAUGAUUGUUUCAAAUUAUCAAUUCCUUAUGCUGGAGAGCAUCUCACAUGGAAUGUAUUGUUUGAUUCCCAAUAUCCAGAAAUGGGUCCGGACUUCAUAUUCAAUGAUCAGAAUUUUUUAAUGGACCCGGAUAUUGAUAUUUUGUCUACUUGGGUACCUAGUCUUGUUAAAUGGAAUCCUAAUGAUACCGAUGCACUGCAUAAUGUACUAAAAGAAUUAUUAUUUUAUUACAAAGAACAUCAGAUACAAUUGCUUGGAAAACAGGGAGAUCGAUUGCAGCUUGAAUACAGCACACUUGUUGGUGAAACAGAAAUAUGUAAAGAAGAUAUAGAAGUAAUAAUGUUACCAUUAGGAACGAAACCUACAGAAGCAAGAUUUUUAAUUCGCAUAUCCAUGGAUUAUUCGCGGCUGCCUCCGCGUAUUAAUAAAUCACAAAAUGAUGAAGCUAUGCUUCUAAUCACAUUUUAUGGUCCAGAUUGGAAUCGUAUCUUGCCACAACUUCAUUUAUCCGAGACCUUGAAAAAUGCUUUCGGUGAAUCGGAAUCUUUGCAUAUUCCACCACUACCACCCAAUAAAUAUCUAAUGGAUUAUGUUCCUGAAGUGAUAAAAUUCAUAGAGGAAAAGAUAAACAAUGUAGUUCAGUGUUUUGAAAGCAGAAAAGAGUUUAUCGCAGUUCUAAUUGUAUUACAGCGCGGUAGUAUAUUGGAAUACGAUGCUAUAGAAUUCAAUUGGAUUUAUAUUUUAUUAGAGAAUCGUGAUUUUCAUUUUCUCGUACAUUUUAAUCUAUCGUCAACAUUCCCAAAAGAGAAACCACAAAUUACAUUGCAGUCGGUAUAUCAUAUGACGGCACAGGGUACUUUGUACAAAGAAAUAUUGGAUGAUGUACCAUAUAGUCCUAGAUGGUCAAUGAUGAUAAUGGUUAACAAGUUAUUGACGUAUAUAAUAGAAACUGCUGUUCAAAAGUUUCAAGCGAAUUCUAUCAGAAACAAUCGUUUUUAAUAAUUUAUUCU